GCUCUGCACCCCCUCCCCACCCGGGGUGGGUGUGCAUUGUCGACGCUGCUACUGUCUCUUUAAAUUUACCCAGGAGCCCCUUAAGGAGCCCCAGGGGCCCCUAGUCGGCUCCCCACCCCGAAGACAAGCAAGAGCCUUAAAAUACCUCACUGGAGGCCUGCGCCGCGGCGCCACUGCUCUGGCCGGACGGAGGACACGGCGCGGACCGCCGGCUCGACGGGAGAGACAUAUGAAAAGUUAACUUGGCUCCCGUGCGGGGCGCGCGCGCGUGGGGGACACACCGGAGAGCUCGGGCUCCUCGGCGAUGGGCUCGCGACAGAUGCGUGUCGAGCGGCGCGAGCAUGUCACAGGGCUGUGGUCGUGACAUGUCCCGGUGAGGAGAGCAGCACCACGACCCACGAGCAGCACCGCGGCCGGGAUGGAGGGCAGAGAACCGGGGGGGGGCAGCGAGGAGCGCGCCGAGCAGGCGGAGCUGCUCUCAUUGAGAAUAGGCGGAGAGGAGGAAGCGACGCGGGAGGAGAGUGACCUGGGAGACGAGGACGGCCUCGCCAAUGGCCACGCUGAGGGGGAGGAGUCAGAGCCCGCCACGUCUCCAGGCACCAGCUACUGGAACAUCACGGAGGGCCUGGACCAGCCGUUCCUCCUGUCCCCGGCCCCCGGGCCCUCCGCCCGGAAGCCCAGGGUCCAGAGGGCCUCGCGGCCGGGCCUGAGCCGGAUUCCGGGACGGGACCACCGGCGCUACUACCACGAGUACUGGCGCUGCGAGUACCUGAUGGACUUCGACCCCCGGCGGCACGGCAUGAUCUGCAUGGUGUGCGGCAGCUCGCUGGCCACGCUGAAGCUCAGCACCAUCAAGAGGCACAUCCGGCAGAAGCACCCCGACUCGCUGCUGUGGAGCGCCGCCGACAAGGAGGUCAUCCGCUCCGGCUGGGAGAGCCACCUGAGCCUGGGGGGCGUUCAGAGGUCGUACGGCUCCGCGGCGCCGGAGACAGAGGAGCGGCCGGACUCGGACCGCCGCGCUGCCGACGGGUCGGACUCUCGACCCGAACCCUCGGAGCCGGAACGACCCCCGAGCUCCGAGGAGGGCGACGCCCCCCAGCAGCCCCAGGAGGAGGAGGCGGAGCCGGCGGGGCCGUCGGCCCGGACCCUGGAGCGCUACCUGAACGACUCGCUGCACGCCUGGUUCCGCCAGGAGUUCCUGAUGGAGUACGAGGCGGCGGCCGGCCGGCUGCUGUGCAUGGUGUGCGGCGGCGAGCUGCCCUCGCUGCACCUGGACCACAUCAAGAGCCACGUGCUGGACACACACCCCACCUCGCUGGUCUACAGCGCCGUGGAGAAGCACUGCAUCCUGCAGGCCUGGGCGCAGGCUCACGAUCCGCCAGAACCCUCAAUCAAACCAGAGCCCGACACCAAAGAAGGCGGCCUGGACCUCUUCGCUCAGGAAGUGAAGGCCACGCCGGUCGACGCGGACUCGGACCCGGACGGCGACGGCCCGUUAACUCAGGACGCGGACUUCAUCGGGGAGAACGGAGGUGUCGGAGCGGCGCCCCGGGGAGCCCCGCCCCCCCGGCAGCCCAGGAAGAGGCGGCUGCACGAGGGCGACCCGUGGCGGCUGCGCCUCGACUACCUGGUGGCCCACGGGCCUCGGGGCCGCGGCGCCUUCUGCAUGGUGUGCUCUCAGGUGCUGCACGAGGUCAAGGUCAGCAGCUUCCGCCGCCACAUCCAGGAGUGUCACCCCGAGACCACCACCCUGAGCCGGCAGGAGAGGGAGGCCAUGGCCGCCGCCUGGACCAAAGAGUACUCCAGUGAAAGCCCGGGAGCUCAAGACGAAACCGACCCGGAGGCGGACAUCUUAAACACGGCGGCAGAGAUGAACGAGGACGCCUCCCCCGACUUGAGAGCCGUGAAGGAGGAGGAGGGCGUGAGCGGGAAAAGCAAAGCGAGGGACGACAGCGCCGCGCCCCCCCGCCACGGCCACUACCCCGGCAAGGACCAGCGGAGGAACUACCAGGUGCGCUGGCGGACGGAGUACCUGAUGGACUACGACUGCCGCCGGCACGGCCUCAUCUGCAUGGUGUGCGGCGCCACGCUGGCCACGCUGAAGGUCAGCACCAUCAAGAGGCACGUGCAGCAGGUGCACCCCCACUCGCUGGACUACGGGCCCGAGGAGAAGCAGCAGGCGCUGCUGAGCUACAACCAGGCCGCGCUGCACUUCAUCCACUCCGACGACUGCGUCUCCUCCCAGGACCACGGCCACACCGAGCCGGCCGCCGCCGCCGCCGCCGCCGCCACCACCUCCUCUCUGAAAGGGAUUUGAAGUAUUUGCCAAACAGGGUUUUAAUCUCACUCCUUUGCCCCUCCUGACUUCACAAAAUCUCUGCAGAGUGAAAUGUAAACAUGGUUGUCAUGAUGGCUGAACAUCUGAGUAUCGUUGGACCCCCCCCCCCCCCCCCCCCCGAGUCUGAGAGUAUUCAGGUAGCAACUGCCACAAAGGAAAGGUCACCACCGGAAAAAAAGUGAAAGUCAUUUGAAACCAUUGACCCAGGGUAGCCUUUGACCUCAGUAACCUUUGACCUCGGCAAACUUUGGCCUUGCCUCUGGCUGGGUGGCAUCAUGGCACUAAGGUCCAUCCAGCCCAUCAGUGAACACACUCUGGUCGGACCGGUCCCCGAUUCUGGAACAGGGCUUUAGAUUUGAAAAGUCUAAAGUGUUGGAUUUUUAUAUUCUACAACUCCAAAUUGGCAUAUUUGUAUGCAAUGUUUUGUAUUUAUCUCAGCCCCAUUAGGGGUCUAGGUGGGGUUCCAUUAGGGGUCUAGAUGGGGUCCCAUUAGGGGGUCCAGGUAGGGUCCCAUUAGAGGUCCUAGGAGGGGUCCAGGUGGGGUCCCAGAAUGGGUCCAGGUGGGACCCAUUAGGGGUCCUAGGAGGGGUCCAGGUGGGGUUCCAGGAGGAGAGUCCAGGUGGGGUCCCAGGAGAGGUCCCAUGAUGGGUCCUAGAAGGGGUCCAGGUCGGGUCCCAGAAUGAGUCCAGGUGGGUCCCAUUAGGGGUCCCAGCUGGGGUCCAGGACUUGCUUGAGUCUUACGCUCUCAGGAAGUUGGGGUCUCCGUUGAGGCAGAACUGCUAGGCUGAUGUGUGAAGACAUGAAGACAAGAAGACAUGAAGACAACACCUUGUCCCCAAUAGAAGAAGUCGAGCUUCCUGUCGGCCAAUCGGAUGAGACUGAGCUGUAAUGCUGAAGACAAUGAAGAGGGCGGUCCCCUCCCUCCUCUAUUACCUCCGUGUUUACAGUGAAGGAGGCGACGUCCUCGCCGUCGCCCGUUAUAAUGAGAUAUGUUAUCUCGUCAGUCCAUCAUCGACAUCACAGCUGAAACUGCACAACUAAAGAAUAGGUACAUUUAUGAAAGAAUAGAUAUUUUUCCUUUCUACGAGCACUUUUAUGCACCCGAGUUUCUACAAAGCGUGUUUGUAAUUAUGUCGUUUUUUCUACUUCAUUCAAGAUGUGGCCGACGUGGUUCUCAGGAGCUCGUCGGCUUUUGCUUUGAAGGGUUUGCUCCAGCUUCGCUUUUUUAUUAUUUUGUAUUCAACAUUACAACAUGUGUGCGACGAGGAGACGCUGGAGAGAAGCUUCCAGAAGAUUCUUCACCUGGAAAGUGUAACUCAGGGAUUCUGUUCCACGCGCUGCAGCCGUCGUCUUCAGCUCCUGGAGAUCCUGGACCCACGUCGGGUUGGAGGAGAACCAGUGAGGAGAACUCAUGAUUUCAGUGGAUUUUGGGGGAAAACUCAUUUCAGAAUAAAGUCUGAAUUUAAGAAAAAAAACACAAAUAAUUUGAGAAAAUAAAGUCGUAUUUUGAGAAGAAUAUUAUCGAAUUUUGUUUUAUAUAUUUGAGGAAUAGAGUUGGAAUAAAGCAACAAGUCAUAUUACGCAAAGAAAGUCUUAGUACUGAAAGUAUUAAAUGUUCGAUAUGAAGUCGCAAUAGAACAAAAGAAAGUCUGUAAUAACUUAACAAUAAAGUCAGAGAAUGAGGUCAUAGUUCAAAUUGUAAUUUUCCAAAAUCUGCAUUGAGGUCCCUCCGUUCCUGAGGGGAAGCUUUAGUCUGUAUUCCCUCAUCUCAUUGGUUCUUACCGGCUGAGAACACGCCCCCACAUCACUCCACAUGACCUCUGAGAUGGAUAGCACUUAAAUAUUUAAAAUGAAGUAAGUUCCAGUGAAAUGAAUGAGGGAGUGUGUGUGUGUGUGUGUGUGUGCUGGUGAGGAGAGGUCCUCUGGCCUCUCGUUGUUCCCUCACCUCGUCUGUUCACCUUUUCGUUUGUAUAUGGCCGACAUGUGACAUCGAUUCUCUCCUUCAAUAAACACUCGACACCGCC